AUAAAUUAAAGUUGAUUUAGUAGCAGAGUGCCGCUCUCUGUCCUGGCGCCAUGUGCAGCCCCACUUGCUGCUCGGGCAAGUCGCCCAUUGCCCGGAGGCUGCAGGCGAUCAGGCAGCAGCGAAUGGAGGAGGAAGAGGCCCUGAGAAGGCCCAAGCCCGUCAUCUGCACGCCGGAGAGCGAGCUGUACGCCUACGGGGAGAUCGAGGCGAUGGCCGAGCACAUCAUGAAGGUCUGCCAAAUGCGGCCCAGGAUCGGGCUGAUAUGCGGCCACUUCCUGCGCCAGCUGGUCGACAUUAUCGAGGAGCCCGUGCUCAUACCGUUCGAGGACAUACCGCAGUUCCCGGUGUGCUCCACGCUGGAGGGCGCCCGCAACCACCUGGUCGUGGGCACCGUGAUGGGGGCCACCGUGAUGGCCAUGCAGGACCGCUUCCACACCUACGAGGGCUACCAGCUGGCCAGCAGCGUCCUGCCCGUGCGCGUCAUGAAGCUGUGCGGCGUCCAGCACAUCCUGCUGACGUGCGCCGCGGCGGCAGUGAAUCCCCAGUACGCCGUGGGCGACAUUAUGCUCAUCAAGGACCACAUCAACAUGCUGGGCAUGUUCGACAGGACGCCGCUGACGGGCGCCCACGAUCCGCGCUUCGGCGUUCGCAAGCUGGCAAUGACCCGCGCCUACGACAGACACCUGCUCGAAAAGAGCCUGCAGAUCGGCAGAGAGCUGGGCUUCGACGACUGCCUCCAAGUGGGUGUCUUCGGUUGCCUGUGCGGCCCCACCUGCAAGACGAACGCCGAGGGGGAGAUGCUGCGUGUGAUGGGCGUCGAUGCUGUGGGCAUGUCCCUCGUCCACGAGGUGAUUGUGUCCCACCACUGCGGCCUGAAGAUCUUCUCUCUGGGCAUCAUUACGCUGGCCGCCAGCAAGGACGACGAGCAGCAUGAGGUGGCGGAGGCGCAGGAGACGCAGGAGAUGGAGAUGCCCAUGCAACGCCUGCAGGCCUGCACCGAUCUGAUCUCCCGCCUCAUCUACUGCAUCCACAACAAUCUGUGAGAUAUCCCAAAAAUAGAUUUCUUUACCCUACCGCCAGCCA